AGAGCAGGGAGUUUGUGCAAGAAACCCAUCAUGUAUUUUGCAGAUAUACACGUUUGAGUCAGUCACUGUAUAAUUCGCUCACACACACACACAUUCCGCUGACGUUUUGCCCAGCACGCGCGCGCACACACACACACACACACUCUGCUGGUGUGAUCAGAAAGGCUGCUCGUUAACACACAACCAAUGCAGCAGCAGAAGACACGCAAUUACAUCGCAGCACUGUCUUGAAGAGAGAACCCUACGGCCGCUACCAUGCCACUAUUUGGUAAAUCUCACAAGAACCCCACAGAUAUUGUGAAAACUCUGAAGGACAACCUGUCCAUCCUGGUGAAGCAGGACAAGAAGACAGAGAAGGCUUCAGAGGAGGUUUCGAAGUGUCUGGUGGCAAUGAAAGAGAUCCUGUACGGUACGAACGAUAAGGAGCCUCACACAGAGACGGUGGCCCAGCUGGCCCAAGAGCUCUACAACAGUGGACUUCUCAUCUCACUGGUGGAAAACCUGCAGGUCAUCGAUUUUGAGGGUAAGAAAGAUGUGUGUCAGAUCUUCAACAACAUCCUGCGCAGGCAGAUUGGGACCCGCAGCCCAACAGUGGAAUACUUCUGCUCUCAUCAGGAAGUUCUCUUUAUCUUACUCAAAGGGUAUGAGACUCCUCAGGUGGCAUUGAACUGUGGGAUUAUGCUGCGCGAGUGCAUCCGGCACGAACCUCUCGCCAAAAUCGUCCUCCACUCCGAACACUUCAAAGAUUUCUUCAGCUAUGUGGAGAUGUCCACAUUUGAUAUCGCCUCCGAUGCUUUCGCCACCUUUAAAGACCUGCUCACGAGACACAAGGUUCUGGUGGCAGAAUUUUUAGAACAGAAUUACGAUGCGGUGUUUGAUAACUAUGAGAAACUCCUUCACUCUGAGAACUACGUGACCAAGAGGCAGUCAUUGAAGCUGUUGGGUGAGCUGCUCCUGGACAGACACAACUUCACCGUGAUGACGCGGUACAUCAGCAAACCAGAAAACCUGAAGCUCAUGAUGAACCUGCUGAGAGACAAGAGUCCCAACAUUCAGUUUGAGGCUUUCCAUGUCUUUAAGGUGUUUGUGGCCAAUCCAAACAAAACCCAGCCCAUCGUAGACAUUCUUUUGAAGAACCAGACAAAACUCAUCGACUUCCUUAGCAACUUUCAGAAGGAUCGCACGGACGAUGAGCAGUUUAACGAUGAAAAGACGUACCUCGUCAAACAAAUACGAGACCUAAAGAAGCCAGCUUCCUAAACUUUAGCUAUUGCAGUAUUAAAAAACAAAACGAAAAAAUCACAAAAAUAUAUUAACAAUAGUAAUUCUAUUUAAAAUCUUGAAGUCUUUUCUUAGUUUCGAGGCUUACGAUGGUUUCUGAUUCAUUGAUGUUCUCUUUUCUGAUUUACUUUUUCAUGUUUUUUUAUUAUUAUUAUUGCAAACUCUUGUGCAAUGAAUAGGAUGUUUCAAAAGUAAGUGUCAGCAAUUUUGAUUACAGGAAGAACCGCCUAAUAACAUCAAGAAACAGGAAGUGCAGAUUCAUUUCUGAUGUUUUCCAUGUUUUGCUAUGCUAGUGAAGAGGUUCGGUUAUAUGGAAAUUGCUGGAAGAGAGGUGAAAUUCCCCAUUUAUUUAUGAGCUGUUGAUUUUUCUGACUGCACUAACCUUCAUACUUGCAUUCCUUCACCUUUCGGUCGACUCGAGAUUUUCAUCUUUCUCAGGCAUCAAUAUGGCUUACAUUCACUUUUAUUUCAUUAGCCUGUUCUUCAAAACACUGCAAACCUGAUUGUUUCCUCCCUUAAUUCAGAUUUUUUUUCUAUUCAUCUUAUUUUGUAAGAAUUAUUUAGAAGGAAGAUUUCAUUUCAGUAUUUUAAUUAUGUCUUCAUGUACAUUUUGAGUUGGCACCAGGCCGUUUUUGAUUGCGUAAUGCAAGCAUCAAUACUUUUAUAUAUUUUUAUUUGAUGAUGUUUACCUAUGUUUAAGAAAAACAAAAAGGUGAUUUUACUCUUAAGGUGGUUGCUAUUUUAGAAGAAUCUAGAAAAAUCAACUUUGGCACUGUUUAGGAACUUUUGUUUCAGCGAACCGGUGUAUAUUCCAACUUGUAGUUUCCAUAUACUGUAGAUCUAUAAAACAUCUAUAAUAUAGUGCUUUGGUAUUACUAUGGUAUGCUUAAUACUAUAGUAUACUUGGUGAUAUAGUAUGUUUUACUUUAGUAUAUCAGUAAUACUAAAGUACUUUUCAUACUGUAGAGCAGCUGUAGUACAAUCUUCAUUUCUAUACUAUAGUAUUCCUGUAGAAUGUAUUUUGUGCUCAAACCCAUAAUGAUUUUGACAGACAAUAGAAGUGGAUCAUUGCAUAGCUGAAACAAGAUGAAAUGAGGGCGCAACUGUACAAAACGGGUGCCUUUCUGUUCUUGAGUUGUUAAUUUACUCUUGCUCAUUUUUGUUUAUUUGAAAAUAAAUAUUGGAAGGGGGAGCUUAAUUAAUUUUUAUUAUUUUUAAUAUGUUCUCAUUGAGCAUAUUUAGCCUAAUUAAGCAAUGAACCUCUUUAACUCGCUAUAUUUGAGUUUUGCUGUUGAAGAAAAUUCAUUAAAUUUCAUUCAUUUUCCUCUGAAUUGAAUCAACUGUAGUUUUUAUUAUUCUCUUAUGAUUAGUUUUAUGGGUUGAAUUAUGCUGAGGUGGUGUGAACCCAUCAAAGAGCAUUCAUUUUGGACUGAAAUGGGGAAUAAAACUUGAAAAAGGUUCUCAAAAUGUUUAUUAGUUGCCAAAACAUUGAAACAUGAACAAGUUAUUUUGUAGAUUGCUUGACAUUGCACAGUGUGAAGCAAAAUGAUUGGUACUUCAAUGCAACUAUUGUCAGAUUUCAAAUCUAUCCAUCUGAGCCAAAUUUAAUAUAUCUGAAUAUAUACAGUAUCAAUUGGAUACAGUAAAAAGAAAUGUCAAACCAUCUGUUCAUAAUAUUUAAAUUUCAGUGUUGAAUUGUCCAUUUUCAUACAGUUGCAGUUUCCCUCUGAAAUGCUAUUAGUACCAUAUUAUCAAUAAAGACAAACUGAAGCAUUGGUA